UCUAAGGUGCUACUGGACAAUUUUUUUAUAUAUUUCGACUGUGUCAGACCAACACGGCUACCUACCUGAAUUGUGUGUACUGCUCUUUUUAAAAAACAAACCUGUUUUAAGAUAUUUAAAAUGCAGAGGCUGCCUUUCUAACAUGAUAUACUUACCUGUGUGCAUUCAUACAAAAUAUUAGGAUGGCUUACAUCAUUGUGUGUGUGACUUUUGUUGUUGUUUAAUUGUUGAGUCGUGUCCGACUCUUCGUGACCCCAUGGACCAUAGCACGCCAGGCACUCCUGUCUUCCACUGCCUCCCACAGUUUGGUCAAACUCAUGUUAGUAGCUUUGAGAAUACUGUCCAACCAUCUUGUCCUCUGUUGUCCCCUUCUCCUUGUGCCCUCCAUCUUUCCCAACAUCAGGGUCUUUUCCAGGGAGUCUUCUCUUCUCAUGAGGUGGCCAAAGUAUUGGAGCCUCAGCUUCAGGAUCUGUUCUUCCAGUGAGCACUCAGGCCUGAUUUCCUUCAGAAUGGAGAGGUUUUAUCUUCUUGCAGUCCAUGGGACUCUCAAGAGUCUCUUCCAACACCAUAAGUCAAAAGUGUUUGGCUUUAUUAUUAUUUUAUUUAAACGUUUAUUCAAAAGUUACAAUAAAUUUUCAAUCAUACGAUACAUUUUCAAUCAAUAUAUAUCUGGAGGGCUUCUUAAAUAUUCAUCUGCAUAAUGGAAUGAGCAUCCCAAUUAUUUUCCUGUAAAAGAGAUCGCUGGAAAACUUAAGAAUUUUGUUAUUCAUUUAAUAACUUGUGAGUCCGUGAAGUAUGAGCACUGCUCAGGCUUGUUAAGUCUGCACAGACGUUCUGUUUGGUCAGUUGCUCUGAUCCUGAUUUUGCACAUGCAUUGAGUUGGUUAGAGCCUGGUGCUGACAGCGUCCAGGUCAUGGGUGUGAUCCCCUUAUGGGUGCAUAUUCCUGCAUUGGAGGGGGUUGAACUAGAUGACCAAUGGGGUCCCUUCCAACUCUAUGAUCUAUGAACUCUCCCCAUGGCUGUGAAAAAAUUGUGUAGAACUAGUGUGGUGUACUAGGUAGUGCCCUAGUCUAGAUUGAGGUUGAGAGACCUCAGUCUAGUUAAAAUUCUCAACAUGCAUGUUGUUGUUUUAAAAAAUGAAUAGGGCCCCAAUGGAAAGUGGGUACUGAUAAUUAACUGGAUUGCAGCAGGCAGAAAUGUAGGGUGGGAGUUAACCCUUUUCUUCCUUGCUGUGCAACCAGCUCCUUUGAAGCUGCUGUUUGCAUUGGAAGGAUAUACUACACAAUUCACAGUUCCAUCCCCGCAUACCCGCUACUUUAGGAUAACCCUUGGUGAAGUAGCCUGCAGUCUCCAGAAGUCCAUGGCACAAUAAAUUGGUAAAGUCUUUAAGGUGCCCACAAUAUUCUUUGUUGCUUUUCCCUUGGGGCUGUGCAACACACAUCUUAAGAGGGAAAGAAGACUUCGAGGUGUAUGUUUUGAGAAUGUAUAGGCAAAGUAAUCCUUCCUCACUCCAGAGAAGAGUUUGCGCUCAACUGGUUGUGGGACCAGUUUCACGCUGGCUACGUUUUAAGGGAUGUUGCCUUCCUUGGGUCGGGUGCUUAGAAAUCAACCAAAUGAAAAGGGAGGAGCUGUUCCCUAUUUUAUUAUCCAAGCGACUGCUUUUCAGAAUGUUGAAGACCACAAAGGCAGCUCUUUUUCCAGGAACAGUCCUUCCUUCCUGGACAUUUGCUGACUGAUGCAGGCCGCAUGCAUUCCUUGAACAAUGGGGAUCCUCUUGGGAGAUGUUCCCACGCCUUUUUGUUCUUUAAUUAACUAAGAGAUAAAUACAAAGUCUGCUGAGAAUGUUGUCCGUCUCCCCCCGCGCGCCCCCCCCAUUGCACGCACAUUGCGUUCCUUCAUCUUCAAAACCGCGUUGUUGCUAAUACAGGUGAAAUUCAGAAAAUUAGAAUAUCGUCGAAAUGUGCAUUUAUUUCAGUAAUGCAACUUAUUAUUUUUUAUUUUUCUUCUAAUUUUUUCAAAUGCUUUCUUUUGGAAAUUCCACAGUAAUAAAACAAAUAGUUACAAUAAUACAAAAAUAAACAAAAAUAAACUUCGCUAUUACAUUUCAUUAAUUCCAUUCCAUUUAUAAUUGACCCGCCUAACAACAAAUAAUUACAAUUACAACAAAUCAAGGCUUGACAUAUCUUGCUUUGCAUGUCAUGCAUCUAUCUCAUAUAUUGGUUUCACCUUUUAAGUUGCAUUACUGAAAUAAAUGCACUUUUCGACGAUAUUCUAAUAUUCCGAGUUUCACCUGUAUGUCAUGCUUGUGAGAAUCUGGGGCCUGCACAAAUGCAGAAUAAGAUGUGUGUCGUUUCUGUUGACAUGCUGGGAUAGCUCAGUUGGUUAGAGCAUGGUGCUGAUAAUGCCAAGGUUGCAGGUUCGAUCCCUGUAAGGGACAGAGUUAUGAAUAUUCUUGUACAGUCGUACCUUGGAAGCGGAAUGCAUUGGCUCCCGAAUAAAUUGGCUCCCGAACGAUCGAAACCCGGAAGUGAGUGUUCUCCUGCUGCCAAUCAGAAGCCACGCUUUGGUUUUUGAACGGUUGUGGGAGUCGAAUGGACUCUCGGAACGCAUUCUGUUCAAAAACCAAGGUACCACUGUUAUCCUCAGGGUCCCUUUCCACUCUAUGAUUAUUUUUGAUAGAGUGUGUGUACAGGCCUCACUUAUGGUCAUUUGUCAUUUUAAGAUUUUUCUCCAUUUUGCCUUGAUGAAUGAGACACGGAAGCUGAAGAAAGUCUCCUUUUGUCACCUGGAUGACCCACCCACAGAAUGUCUCAGCCUCUGGCCCCCAGGCAUCCUACCACUGACCUGACUGCAUUGUGAUUAGGACGGUGGACCAUGUUACCUGUCAACCAAGACCCACCUGAGCCAGAAACUCUUAAAAGGAGCUUUGAUGCCAUAUAGUCUCUUGGCCUUUAACGCUGCUAUUUUACACUCGAUUGCCUACCAUGAUUCUGCUCUCUGGCUGCUGAUACCAGCGCAUCCUCGGUUGCCAUGACAACGGGCGACUGCUGCCACCUCCCCGGCUCGCUGUGUGACUGUCCGGGCAGCGCUGCGUUGUCCAAGUCAGUGGAAGAUUCCGACUUUGGGCGUCCUCAGUACGUCACCCAAGUCACGGCUAAGGACGGACGGCUGCUCUCGACAGUCAUCAAAGCCCUGGGGACGCAGAGCGAUGGCCCAAUCUGUCGAAUCUGCCACGAAGGCGGAAGCGGAGAAGGCCUGCUCUCGCCCUGCGAUUGCACGGGCACCUUGGGGACCGUCCACAAGAGCUGCCUGGAGAAGUGGCUUUCCUCCUCCAACACGAGCUACUGCGAACUGUGCCACACCGAGUUUGUCGUGGAGCGGCGGCCCAGGCCCCUGAUCGAGUGGCUAAAGGACCCCGGCCCACGCAACGAGAAACGGACGCUGUUCUGCGACAUGGUGUGUUUCCUCUUCAUCACCCCGCUGGCUGCCAUCUCCGGCUGGCUUUGCCUCCGCGGUGCCCAAGACCACCUGCAGUUCAAUAGCCGCCUGGAGGCCAUCGGCCUGAUUGCCCUGACCAUAGCACUUUUUACCAUCUAUGUCCUUUGGACACUGGUUUCAUUCCGCUACCAUUGCCAGCUGUACUCAGAGUGGCGAAGGACCAAUCAGAAAGUCCGCCUGAUGAUUCCGGACUCGAGGAACCCGCAUCCUGUUUCGCACACGCUGCUCUCCGCCAAGCUCCUGAAGAAGAAGGCCGACGAGACGACCGUAUGAGCCAGGAGUGGCCCUCCGUAGGCAAGGGGGGCCCUCCCCUUGCACGGGGCGGGGGGGAGGAGGGAGAGAGGAGAGUAGGAUAGCACUUUCUCUCGCCCACAGCAGCAAAAGACUCUCCUAAACAAUCAGCCCGACCAAAGGGGGAAUCUUGCCACUUGCCCCGUUCUGCGGCGGCGAGAACACAGAACGACAACCUACCCCCCAGGGGUGUGUGCAAUGAGCUUGGCAGGCGGUGGGCCCUGAGCGUCCGUCAGCCAGGCUCCGUCUUCGAGACGAAACCUAGCAAAGGAGAAAGAGAGGCUCUCCCUAUAUCCAUAUAUCUAUAUUAUAUUACCAUAAUUAUUGUUGUUAUUAUAAUUUUAUCACUCUUCUUAAUUUCCACGCCUGGUGUUGUUGCUGUUGCUGCUGUUGCUGUUUGUGUCCAGGCCCCUUUUUUAUGUCAUCCUGACAAACGUCCCCGCGAGAGAUGCAGAGAGGCGACCUGCCCGUUGCUGCUUCGACAACCCCCUGCUCACCUCUAGGCCGUUGCGCUUUGUCGGUUUCUCUCGGUGGAGCAUUUGCUGCAGAGGUUUCUCGCCGCCGCCCGACUUCUCCUACGUGGCAACCGGUGCGGCUGUCGCAUUUUGGGAAAGGCUCAAGAAUCGAUGAGUCCUUAACCCCCAAUGGUUUAAUAUCUGCUGUCCCUGUGGGUAGCUGGGAAAUGUCUGAGGAAGCCGAGGGCACCUCUGCACUAAUUAUCCACCCCGGGAAACACACCGGGCAUAUUUUCAAGAACUUGCAAUGACUUUCUAAGCUGUUACAAAAAGAAGGGGAGGAAAGGCAAUGUGCAGAUCUGCCUGUCAUCUGAUCGCAUUUGGGAAUGAAUUGGUGCUCUUCCGAAGAACCGGAGGGUGGGAGGGAAGUUUUGCGCCCUUCUUUCCUCGGUGUCUCUCCAAGCCCCCUUUCCUAUUUUUGCACUACAUGGAUUUUUUGGGUGGGGGAGCUCCAAGCCCCCUCCCUCAUCCCCCUCCCUCUUGUUUCUUUGUCAGUGAUGUUUCUCUCCCCGGCAAGAGGAUUCUGUGCGUUUGAGAAUGGAUUUGAAGUAUAAUAAUAAUAAU